AUGUGCCUUCUGGUUGCCAGUGUGGAGCUUGGACUCAGUUUUGUAAAAUUGACGGAGCUGACACAGCACAAGGAACAGGAAGCGAACAAACUGGACUAGAUUCCUGAACUGAGACACCAAGAAAGGAAGUAUUGGUUUGCGUAUCUACAAGACUUGGAGUAUCUCGGGACCCAGAGCGUGAAUGACUCUCUGUAAAAACUCUGCAAUCUGCAGGCAGGAGGGGAACUGGUAGCGCUGGGGAGUUUGACUGUCGAGGGUGGCACUGGACGCAGUGAGGGUAUACCGGGUAUCUCUGAGAAUCCGGGCAUGGACGGUCCCGGAACAGAGCGGCUUGGAGGAGAGGGACUGGCAGCUGCUGGCUUCCCAGGGGAGGAGAGAAUCUCCUAUCUUCAGCUGCUCCAGAGGAACCGAGUGAAGCUCAUCGAUGAACUUGGAGACAGAAUUGACUGGAUUCUGGAUCAUGCUUUGCAAAUUCAAUUAAUUUCAAAGGAUGAUUAUGAAGAUGUGAAGUAUAUUCCUGGUCCCAGGAAGAAAGUUCGAACUUUGCUGGAUAUUGUUGACUGUCUUGGGGAAAUGGUGGCUCAUCAAUUCUGUUCACUCAUUAACAAAAGCAAAGAUAUGUCUGAAAAAGAACCUGUGUCCAAAGAACACUCGACUGUAAUAAAGAAACACAAACAAGUUCUUAGUCGGAGGAAUGAGGUGAUGAUGUAUUAUAACACGAGACCUGGAGAGAAAAUUCAUCUUUCAGAACAGUUCACCAACUUGCUGCUUGUAAAAGGGCAUCACAACCUUGAAUUCAAAAGGCAUGAGUUACUGUCUUUUGGGCAGCAUCGAAUUCACUUACAGGAGAGGAGUAGCCAGGAAAUGGAGAUCAAGCCAAGCCAGUUAUUUAUGCAAAUCAGUGAUAAACAAACUCCCAAGAGAACACUAGUCUCUGGAGUGGCAGGAAUAGGGAAAACUGUCCUUUUGCAGAAGAUUGUUUUUGACUGGGCAAAUAAUCACUGCUUUGGUAACUUUGAAGUUCUCCUACAAUUCACGUUUAGGGAUCUUAAUUUGAUUAAUAAACCGAUGAGUCUCAGGAAUCUGGUUUUGAAGAAGAAUGGUCAUUUGUUGAAAGUGCUGGAUUCUAUUUUUGAAGUUCCAGAGAAGCUGCUGAUAAUUCUGGAUGGAUUUGAUGAAUUUAAGUUUUGUGGCUAUUUAGAUGGGGAUUGCUACAUCACUGACCCUGACGAGGAAGGGAAUUUGGUAGACAUCAUCUACAGCCUGCUCCGAGGGGAGCUUCUCACUGGAGUCUCGGUCCUGCUGACCAGCCGGCCCACAGCCAUUAGUUACAUCCCAGUGGAAACCAUUGACCGUUUUGUAAUCAUCACUGGGUUUUCUGAAAAGGAAAUCAGAUACUACUUCCUGAAAUAUUACCAAGAUGAAGAAGUUGGUAGUCGAAUGUUUCAGUUUGUGAAAGAAAAUGAAUUCCUCUUUACAUUGUGUUUUGUACCUGCCUUUUGUUAUAUUGUCUGCAGUGUUUUGAAAGAGAAAGAAAGGGAGAAUCAUAAACAGCCAAAAACAAUGACGGACAUUUAUAGCCGCUACCUCAGUGUGCUACUGCAGCACCACUCUCGAGGUCAACGCUCUGAAGGAGGUGAUCUCACUCAAACUCUCCGAAAUCUGGGCAGACUGGCAUACAGCAAAUUGCUGCAGCAUGACACUCUGUUCUACCAACAUGAUUUGGCAGCUCAUCAUGUUGAACUAAAUACCUUUGUUGAUAGUUUUCUGGAUAAGACCUGUAUCCAGGAACCAGACUGUGUAGAGACUGUCUUUUCUUUCACACACUUGACCAUCCAGGAGUUUUUUGCAGCCUUGCAUUACAUGCUGGAACCCGAGCCUUUCCCAGACUUGAUGAAUGUGGACACAGUGAACAAAUACAAGAUGGCUACAGGUUUCUUGGAUAUAUUUCAACGAUUCUUAUCUGGUCUGUUAUCUGAGAGGAACCAGGCCUUACUCUCCAAGCACAUGAAAUUGGAUAAAAUGACAAAAUCUGAGUCCUACUCUUGCUGGCUGAUAGAAGAGAUCACAGAGCAUUGUGAAAAUGGAUCAAGCAUUCUGAACCUUCUUCACUGUCUAUUCGAACAACAAAAUGACUUGUUAGUGGAAAAAAUAAAACCUAAAAAUCUCCGCAUCCACAUUGGGGAUAAUGCACUUUGUCCAGUCGACAUCAGUGUGCUGAAAUAUUUUCUAGACAUGAGGAUUGGAGAUCUAGAAGAGUUAGAUCUCACAGCAACCAAUAUAAACACUACAGCGCUAAAAAGUCUACAACCAUUUUUACACCAAUGUGAGAGACUAUGGUGUGGAGAAAAUAAAUUGGAUUUUGAAGCAAUUAAAUUUCUGUGUGAGCUGCUGAAGUCUCCAGACUACAAACUGAAGCUGCUGGGUCUGGGCUGGACAGACAUUGGGAAUAAUGAGUUGAGAGAACUUUGUGAUGCGCUAAAGGACAACGAAACACUACAGGAACUGUGGAUUGAAGGUUGUAAUGCUGAUUAUGAUGGAGUAUCUGGAUUUACUGCAAUCUCUUCCACUAAUACUACAUUAAAGAAAGUGGUGUUAAUUGGAAACUGCCUUCAAGAGAAGGAUUUGGUGAAACUGUCCCAAAAGCUGAACCCUUCCAAUUCUGGUUUUCUCAUUACAGGGUUCAAUGAUGAUCAUAGCCAAUGGGUGGGUUGGUGUGACUGGAUUCUUCAGAGGUGCCAACUGUGUGACAAUGAGAAACUUGUCUAUUUUCUCAUUAAAAUCUUUAACAAUUUUCUCCAAAAUAGUACCUUCACAUGGAUGCCACAGUGGUGUAAAGAACUACAGGAACUUUUACAAAACAGAAUUCAGAAAUGCAUGUCAGAGGAAAUCCGAACUAAGCUGGAGAAGCUCAAAGAAACGAUUAGUCAACACUGUGGAGAAAAGUAUUGUAAUUCUGCAAGGUUUAACUAAAGUGAUGUUGGUAAUUCAAUUGAUUAGCUCUACUAAAGAAUCAGAACUGACAAAAUAGGCAGAAUGGCUAUUAAUUAACACCUUUUCUUUUGCAAAAUGUAUUUAGGAGGAAUGUUCCCAAUAUUAUUUUUCAGCAUAUAUUGGGUUAUAUUUAAUUCGGGGAUAUAGGAUUUUGUUAUGCUCUUAUAUACAGGCACAGAUUAAACUAUAGUUGUUGCGUUUGGAGAUGUCUUUGUAAUAUGUAUCUCUGUAAAUACAAGAUUAAGUUUGUUUUCACUUGAAUGUUGAAGGAUGAGGGUGGCCUGAUAGUAGAUUACAAAAUCAUGAGAGGUUCUAGUUGCCUGAGGAUACCGAUAGGAUGGAGAUUUG